CAUUAGCAGCACCGUGCAGUUCACCAACGCUGCGACGCCCCGAUCCCACAGCCAUUCCGCGCCCCAACGCUGCGACCUGAGUUCCCGUGCAUUCUCCGUCCGCUACUCCACUCCGUUACUCGGUCGGCCCAGCAUCUCGCCAUGUCAGGCAGCGGGGCGAGAGAGGCCGUCUUCCCCACGCGCCAGUCGCUGGGGUUGAUGAAGACGAAGCUCAAGGGUGCCCAGACCGGCCACGACCUGCUGAAGCGCAAGAGCGAGGCACUCACAAAACGCUUCCGAGAGAUCACCCGCCGCAUCGAUGAGGCCAAGCGCAAGAUGGGCCGCGUGAUGCAGAUUGCUGCCUUCUCCCUCGCCGAGGUCACUUACGCCGUUGGCGGUGACAUUGGCUACCAGGUCCAGGAGUCGGCCAAGCAGGCACGGUUCCGCGUUCGCACCAAGCAGGAGAACGUCUCGGGUGUCUUCCUUCCCCAGUUCGAGAGCUAUACCUCCGACAGCGCCAACGACUUUGCACUCACUGGUUUGGGCAAGGGCGGUCAACAGGUGCAGAGGUCACGCGAGACAUAUGCAAGGGCAGUGGAGACAUUGGUAGAAUUGGCAAGUUUGCAAACUGCCUUUGUCAUAUUAGACGAAGUGAUCAAAGUCGUGAACCGUCGCGUCAAUGCGAUUGAGCACGUUAUCAUACCGCGAACCGAAAACACCAUCAAGUACAUCAACUCGGAACUCGACGAGCUCGACCGAGAAGAGUUCUACAGGCUGAAGAAGGUGUCCGGCAAGAAGCAGAGGGACGCCGCCGAAGCGGACGCUGAGCGCGAGGCAUCAAAGAAGGACGCUGAGGCAGAGGAAAAGGGCAAUGCUGCCUCAGAGGCGGAGACGCACGACUUACUGGGUGAUCAAGAAAACGAAGACGUUAUCUUCUAGGGGAUAACGUGUGAUACCAGUUUAGUAGUGACGGCGCGAAUGGUGCUGACGAUGCGGCGGCUGAAACACGGUGGGAUCGUGCUCACCACGGUCGACAACCCAUGACGCAUUCCGUACAAUGUACCUCCUGGCCGGGGGAUGGUGGAAAGCGUUCCUGGCCGCGUGCUUGGCCUUCUCCUCAAGAUAGAUCCUGACGUUGCGGAGAUCUUCAAUUGUUCGGGGAUCCUUCCAUUUGUCGCUACUGGGGUACACGGGCUGGGAAACAACUGCCUUGACUUCAUCAUCCCUAGAUGUGCGUGAGUACAUAUUCUGGCAGAUAUGGCAAGACUAUAUAGUUGAAAGACCCUGUAUUGAGUUAUGGUAUCAUAAUAGCAUCAUCACAGCAUUCUGGCUGCGGAGAAUCAACGCCUAAU